AUGGCGAGGCGGAGCCUGGCGGGCGACGCAACCGCAGGCGCCGCAUCCCGGGUUCGGUUCGCGCCCACCUCCAACAACCUGCUCGUCUCCUCAUGGGAUUCGGGGCUGCGGCUGUACGAUGCCGACGUGGGCACGCUCCGGGUCAACGCGGAGUCGGAGGCGGCACUCCUCGACUGCUGCUUCGAGGAUGAGUCUUCAGCGUUUGCUUGCGGCUCCGAUGGAUCUGUGAGAAGGUACGACUUCCACUCAGGUUCGCAGGAUACAGUGGGGCACCAUGAAGAUGUCCUUGCCUGCAUUGAGUUCUCUUUGAUGACUGGUCAGGUUAUGACCGGCAGCCUGGACAAGAAGCUAAUGCUUUGGGAUUUAAAAACAAGAAAUGUAAGCCCGAGUGGCACUAUAAUCUUAGAUUCAGAUGUGGCAUCACUUUCUAUAUGCGGCAUGUAUAUAUUAGCUGCAGUUGCGAGAAAUGUUUAUUUUUAUGACAUGAGGAAUCUAACAACACCAGUAAAUGAAAAAGACUGUCCUCUGGAAUAUCCAAUUCGAUGCCUUCAUGCUUCUCCAGAAUGGAAUGCUUAUGUUUCUGGCUCUGUGGAUGGAGCUGUGGCAUUGAAGUAUCUUGAUCGUGGAACCGAUAGAGAUUUGGGAUAUGCAUUUCGUUGUCAUCCAAAAUCCAGAAAUGGAAGAUCGAAUCUGGUCCCUGUAAAUUGCAUCGCAGUUCAUCCCUGCAAGAAAACCUUUGUUACUGGAGAUGAUGAAGGAUGCACUAUUGCCUGGGAUGCUCAUUCGAAAAAGAAGCUGACUGAGGUGAUAUCAAGUUUUUCUUGA